CAUAACAUGAGCUGCAGAAGGCAACUUCUCUGUAUUUCAUAUUUUGGUAUCUGUAAAGUGCCAUGUAAACACUCAAUCACAGAAACAACUUAAAAGCUUGUCCAGUUCCAGCCUGCCCCACCAGCUCAGGCUGCCCAAGGCCCCACCCAGCCUGGCCUGAGUACCUCCAGGGAUGGGGCAUCCAUAAGUUCUACUGGACAGCCCGUUAAAAACACUGCUUCUGCUCCUUCAGCAGCCAGACUGCCAACAUCGGGAGAGCAGAUGGUCUUGAAUCCCAUCACCUGACAGCUUUUCCAGUGCAUGUGCUCAUGUACAAUAUUCACAAACUCCUUCUCCUCCUUUAAAAAGCUGUGCAUUAAUACAUGCAUAUAAAAUACCCAUUUCAUCUUUUCUCUCUCACAGAUUCACCAGUAAUUCUUAAAAUAUUGCAGAACUGGGCUCCUACAGUUUCCCACUACUUUGACAAAGAGCAUUAUAUUUAUGCAGGCCAGCACAUUGUCAUCCAGGAAUCUAUAGAACACUUUGGAGCAGUGGUAUGGCCUGGGGCACUGGCUUUGUCGCAGUAUCUGGAAUCAAAUCAAGAACGAUUCAACCUCAAAGACAAGAAAGUUUUGGAAAUUGGUGCUGGAACAGGCUUAGUUUCCAUCGUGGCUUCUAUCUUAGGAGCUUAUGUUACAGCUACUGAUUUGCCUGAAGUUCUUGAAAAUCUCUCAUUUAACAUUUCAAGAAAUACACACAACAUGAAUACGCACAAACCUGAAGUAAGAAAACUGGUGUGGGGAGAAGACCUCAAUGAAGAUUUCCCUUCAUCAACUUACCAUUAUGAUUUUAUACUGGCAAGUGAUGUUGUAUAUCAUCAUACUGCUCUGGAUGCCCUGCUAGCAACAAUGGUGCACUUCUGCCAGCCAGGGACAGUAUUACUGUGGGCAAAUAAAUUCAGAUUCAGUACAGACUAUGAAUUUUUGGAACAACUUUACAAUAUAUUUGAUACAUCCAUCCUAGCAGAAUUUCCAGAAUCAAAUGUCAAGUUGCUUAAAGCCACGGUAAGGGAGAACUGAAGAAAAAAACAACUGCUAAUUUUGAUUUCAUGCCCGCAUCUUGCAGUUUGGAAUGUUAUGUGCAAUUAUGGUAUGCCCUCUGUGCAUUUACAUCUGUGAAGUUGUAGCUGUAGCUGAACUCUGCACGUUUUGUUAAGAAAUCUGGCAAGACAGCAAUAUAGCUCAUUUGUCUUGGGUUCAUACUUACAACCUAUUCAAACAGACCAAUUCGCUCCACUGGAGGAACAAUGUCAGUAAGUAGUCAGAUAGCAGGGGGACAUUAACAGAAAGCAUUGAUCUUCUAGGCUGCACUGAACUUCUGCUGUUUGGAAGGUGUUCUCUUUCAGCAAAUUUCAUUUACAUACUCUUAAAUGAACCAAUAUUUUUAGCUUUAUUUGUUUUUAUCACUUAUAAAAUAAUCUUUUAAAGUAUCAGAGCGCACAUGGUGUUUUUUUUGAUCGUCAGUUUUGCACAUUUAUUCUGUUGUGUUUUACAUUUUUAACAUUAUUAAACAUAUAUGUAUAGCUUUACAAUACCUGGUCAAGAUUUAACUGUCUGGCACUUUAUACAUGUAUCAGCCUCUCCUGAUACUCAGGUUCACAUGGAUUUUUGAGUUUGC